AUGGAACCUUUUACCUAUUUUUACUACUUGAUUUUUCUUACGGGAUUUAUUGGAAGCUGUUUCGCACUAUGGGCAUUCACGCAAAAAGGUCAGAAACAGAAGUGUAUGAGCAUCUACUUAAUUAACCUCUUGACAGCGGAUUUUUUGUUGACUUUGGCGUUGCCAGUGAAGAUUGUUGUUGACCUGGGAGUUGCAUCGUGGAAACUGAGAAUAUUCCACUGUCAAGUUACAGCCUGUUUCAUCUACCUGAACAUGUAUUUAUCAAUUAUAUUCUUGGGAUUUGUAAGCAUGGACCGUUGCCUUCAACUCACACACAGUUGUAAGAUCUACCGCAUUCAAGAGCCUGGAUUCGCCAAGGUGCUCUCUGCAGUCGUAUGGGCAAUGGUUCUCCUUAUAACAGUGCCAAACAUGGCUAUUCCAAUAAAAUCCAUUGAAGAAAGACCUGGGGCAGGAUGCAUUGAUUUCAAAACAAAAUUUGGAAGAGACUGGCACGUCUUUACCAACUUCAUAUGCACAGCAAUAUUCCUGAAUUUUUCAGCUGUGAUACUGAUUUCCAACUUCCUCGCUGUCAGACAACUCCACCGAAACAAAUACAGCGAGAGUUACACAAACGUGAAGAAAGCCCUGGUCAACAUACUGCUGGUAACUGCAGCCUACCUGCUGUGCUUUGUUCCGUACCACAUCGUUCGUAUCCCCUACACUUUGAGCCAAAGCGAAACCAUAACCAGCUGCUCUCUGAAACAAGCUCUCUUUAAAGCUAAAGAAUCUACCUUGCUGUUUGCAGUAUCAAACCUCUGUUUUGACCCUAUUCUGUAUUACCACCUUUCCAAAUCAUUCAAAUUGAAAUUUACUGAGACUUUUGCAGCACACAGAGAGGCGAAGGUUUUCCCAGACCAAGAGACACAACACAGAAGUGAACAGCAGAUGCAGUGA